CUUUGCCGGUGCGGCUCCUUGACUUGAUGGGAGGAGGGUAGGUGGGUGUAAAUGGAGGUUACCCAACCAGAACGUCUCCCUGCUCACCGCAUGCUCGAUUGUCAUCCCUUCCCCUCCUCCGGCGUGGACAUCCUACCCACCACAAAGGAGACGGUAUAUCAGGCUGGGGGUAGCUACUCCUGGAGUGAUGGAUUGAGGACGCCAAGAGUGUCAGCCUAUUGUUUCUCAGCUCCUACCGAGCACGGGGGAGCCGACGGAUGGACCCGGCGAUCAGAUUCAAGGGACGCGGAUUCCCACAAUAAGGAAGUCAGCAAACCCCUGGACAACCCUUCCUUUCCCUUGUUGUCCUGCUUUGCAACGCCGGCCGGGACCCCCAGGCGAGACAUUUCCCUCCUGCCGUAGAAGCUGGGCUUCUACGUUUUGGCUACCGUUUUAUUUGGCAUCGGGGAUGUGGUCCUUAUUUCCAGGGAUGAACCUAGCAGCGGAUUCUUGAUUUAAAAGGAAAAACAAGUAAAGCAAAAAAAAAUAAAAAUAAAUAACAAAUAAAAAUGCAAGUUUGAAGCUGGAAGAAAGAAACCCCCCUCAAGGGGAAAAAAAAAGAGGGUAAGGAAGAUACGGAACAAUAUUUGCAAUUUAACAGGAUAAUCUGACCGUGCGAUAUUUCGCAGAACAAAAACACAAAACAAAACCGACAGCUUUGGAAAACAAAGCCUGCUUUUCGAUAAUAAAAUCAAUUCAUCCCUUCUGAACUAAGGACAAUGGAGGCAGCGGUUUGCUUGCUGCUGAUGGCCACUGUGGGAAUCAACGCUCAGAAGCCCGAAGGCGUCGAAAGCCAUGUCGCGGGAGGGACGCGGGAAUUCAUUUACGGAAACAGAUACAGGCGCUCCAGCGAGGCGCAGGAGAAAUGCACGUACACCUUCAUUGUCCCGCAGCAAAAAGUAACCGGGGCCAUUUGUGUGAACUCCAAGGAACCCGAAGCCGUCCUCCUGGAAAACAGGGUCAACAAGCAAGAGGUGGAGCUCCUCAACCACGAACUCCUGAAGCAGAAGCGGCAGAUAGAGACCCUGCAGCAGCUGGUGGAAGUGGACGGCGGCAUCGUGAACGAAGUCAAGCUGCUGCGGAAGGAAAGCCGCAACAUGAACUCCCGCGUCACCCAGCUGUACAUGCAGCUGCUGCACGAGAUUAUCCGGAAACGGGACAACGCGUUGGAGCUGUCUCAGCUGGAGAACAGGAUCCUGAACCAGACGGCCGACAUGCUGCAGUUGGCCAACAAGUACAAAGACCUAGAGCACAAAUACCAGCACCUGGUCACCAUCGCCAAUAAUCAAUCGACGGUGAUCGCCCAGCUGGAAGAGCACUGCCAAAGGACGCCGGCCAUCAAGACGGUCCUGCCACCGCCGCAGCCCCCGAACCGCGUCUACCAGCCGCCCACGUACAACCGCAUCACCAACCAAAUCUCCACCAACGAAAUUCAGAGCGACCAGAACUUAAAGGCUUUGCCGCCGACUCUCCCAACUAUGCCAUCCGUCACCAGCGUCCCGACUUCGACCGACAAGCCCUCAGGUCCAUGGCGAGACUGUUUACAAGCUUUAGAAGAUGGCCACGGGACCAGCUCCAUAUAUCUCGUCAAACCGGAAAACGCCAACCGACUGAUGCAAGUCUGGUGCGAUCAGCGGCAAGAUCCCGGCGGAUGGACAGUAAUUCAGAGGCGCUUGGAUGGCUCGGUUAAUUUCUUCAGGAACUGGGAAACGUAUAAGCAAGGGUUUGGUAACAUCGAUGGAGAGUAUUGGCUGGGACUGGAAAACAUUUACUGGUUGACGAACCAAGGCAAUUACAAGUUGUUGGUAACCAUGGAGGACUGGUCGGGACGCAAAGUUUUCGCGGAAUACGCCAGCUUCCGUCUGGAGCCGGAAAGUGAAUUCUACAGGUUGCGAGUGGGACGCUACAACGGCAAUGCGGGAGAUUCCUUUACGUGGCACAACGGAAAACAGUUCACCACACUGGAUAGAGACCAUGAUGUAUACACAGGCAACUGCGCCCACUAUCAGAAAGGGGGCUGGUGGUACAACGCGUGCGCGCACUCCAACCUCAACGGCGUCUGGUACCGAGGGGGCCACUACCGGAGUCGUUAUCAAGAUGGAGUCUACUGGGCAGAAUUCCGGGGAGGAUCGUAUUCCCUGAAAAAAGUGGUGAUGAUGAUUAGGCCGAAUCCUAACACGUUCCACUGAAGGGAGACAGCGUCCACUUCCAGAGGGGCCAAGGGUUUACCCGCGUUUCCCGGAACCCAUCUUCUCGGCGACAAAGAAUGUAAAAUAAUCUUGUAACACACUGACUCGCUCGACAAGGAGACCUGGACAUUGGACUGUUCCAGAAUCGAUCUAGAACCAAAUCAAGCAGCUUUUUUUGAGGGGUGGGGACAAUGCUCUUUGUCUGGAAAACAAGGAACCAAGCAAUCACUUUCAGAUGGCACGGACCGUAGCUAAACGGAGAUCCUCGGAAGGCUGCCACACCAUCUAGAUGCUUCCUAUGUUAGAUAUACUCUCAAAUCCUGCACAUAUUCGAAACUGUACAGUAUAAUAAUAGAUCCAUUUGACACAGGGAAUUAUAUCCUUCGAAGUUCUGUAGCCAGCAUGGUAUCUUGUUGUUGUUAGUCAUGAAGUCAUGUCCGACCCAUCGUGAUCCCAUGGACCACGUUCCUCCGGGCCUUCCUGUCCUCUACCAUCCCCCCCGGAGUCCCUUUAAGCUCACAUCGACUGCUUCAGUGACUCCGUCCAGCCACCUCGUUCUCUGCCGUCCCCGUCUUCUUUUUGCCCUCAAUCUUUCCCAGCAUUAGGCUCUUCUCCAGGGAGUCCUUCCAGGAGUGAAAUUCAGCAGGUUCUGGAGAACUAGUAGUAGAAAUUUUCAGUAGUUCAGAGAACCGGCAAGUACCACCUCUGGCUGGCUCCAGAGUGGGGUGGGAAUGGAGAUUUUGCAAUAUCAUUCCCCCAGGAGUAGGGAGGGAAUGGGGAUUUUGCAGUAUCCUUCCCCCAGGAGUUGGGAGGGAAUGGGGAUUUUGCAGUAUCCUUCCCCUGGAGUGGAGUGAGAAUGCAGAUUUUGCAAUAUCCUUCCCCUGGAGUGGGGACGGAAUGGGGAUUUUGAAUUAUUCUUCCCCUGGAGUAGGGAGGGAAUGGGGAUUUUGCAGUAUCCUUCCCCUGGAAUGGGGUGGGAAUGGAGAUUUUGCAGUAUCCUUCCCCCAGGAGUGGGGUGGGAAUGGAGAUUUUGCAGUAUCCUUCCCCUGCCACGCCCACCAAGCCACGCCCACAGAACUGGCAGUAAAAAAAUUUGAAUUCCACCACUGAUUGCUCUUCCUUCUCAUCAGGUGGCGAAAGUAUUUGCGUUUCAUGGGUAUCUUAGGCUGUCAAAAAAGAGGACGGUUCUUAAUUUAUGAUCCGUUGCAGGGCCUCCGUGCCUUGUCCACCAACUGUGUCUUGCCCAAACGGAAUUCCAGGUUUGGAAUUCUUGCAACCCUGCUUGGAUGCCGGGCAAGGUUGCGACUCCACCAAUUAACUAUUUCGAGCGGUUUAUACAAACAAUUCCAGAAUUUCUCUUCUCUCUUCCUCUCGAAUGCAUCGACUGUUCUCCAAACGUUGACGAAACUCAUACUGUACUUUCUUUUUAUUUUUUCAAUGUUCUCAGCAGUAUCAAUGCAUGUUUUGUUUUGUUUUUAGACUUUUGGGCAUAACUUAGGUCGGUGUUGGCGAACCACCGAGUGACGAAACGGGAGUGAGCGUGCAGCUCCCCGGCGCGCACACACAAGAGUGCCAGAAACCGGAAGAGCAGUUCCCUGGUUUCCGGCAUGGCUGGUCACCUGGUCUUCGGUUUCUAGCGUGCAUGCACGCACGAAGAACAGCUGGCCAGCACGCAUACGUGCACUGGAACCAGAAGCUCAGCUUCCCAGCUCGCGCAUGUGUGCCAGGGAGCUGCUCUCUGGUUUCCGGCAUGCCCACACAUGCAAAGAUCAGCUGGACGGUGCACAUGUGCGCACUGGAACUCGGAAGAGCAACGGGCGACAGCUGGCGUGCCCAGAGAGAUGGCUCUGGGUGCCACUACCAGCACGAAUGCCAUAGGUUCGCCAUCAUGGACUUCGGUCCUGCUUUAUCAUCUGCAGAAAUGUUUUGAAAAUAUAAAUGACAAUUCCGGCUUCCCAAGCUACCGUAUUUUUCUGAGUAUAAGACACACCUUUUCCCCCCCUAAAAAGGGGUGAAAAUUUAGGUGCGUCUUAUACACCGAAUGUAGCCCCGCCUACCCACUGACCCCCCCCCCUUUGGCCUCUGCCUCCCAGCAGUUAGCUCUUUGCAAGCAAACAGCAAGAAAAAACAGCUCCUUUCAGCGUCAGCAGAGCCUAAUUAGCACAAGUUGAUUCGAUAGGCCUCCCGACUCUCAGCUGAUUUGUUCUCAGCUGUUUUGCGCAGGGCUCUGCUUUGCAGAGGUAAAUUGCUGGAGCAGAUUUUUUUUUCCCCUUGUGCUAAUCAAGCUAUGCUGAAAACGAAAAUGAAAGUAAAGCAGGCUGUUUGCUAUUGGCUGCAAGAGGCAAAAUUGCUCAGAGGCAGAUUUCUUUUUCUUCUUUUCCUCACCAAAAAAGGUAGGUGCGUCUUAUACUCCAGUGCGUCUUAUACAAAUACUGUAAGUUAUGCUUGAAAACUUUCCUUUCUCUAAUAAAAACAACAGUCAUGCAACUUACAGAAUUACCUGGACAAGGGAAUAAAAACUUGGGAGGGUGGGUAAAAGAAGAUUCUGGAAUCGUUAAAAACGAAAGGAAAAGGGGUAAAAGUUUAAUGCUUCCUUAAAUUGAAGGCAAAUAAUCGCUAUUGGAACAGAACCCAUUUAAUUAGCCAUUAGACUGUAACUCUUUGGGGAGAGAAAUGAUACAUAGCACCAUUUGCUGUAUGGCCAAAAUACACAUAUUAAAAGGAGAAUUACGCAAACUUAUCUAUAAUGCCCAUUGUAGACACUUGAACUUCUGAAUUCUACUACUCUGCUGGGGUAAACAACCAAAAUGGAUUAUUUUAAGACAUUGCUUCCCAGAACAGUGGGAACCUUAAAGUUUUCAAACUGUUAUUACCUCAUUAUUUCAUUCCUGAUGGACAAUGUGCGCUAACAUUUUGGAAUGAGGUAGCAUGCCUUGUACACAUAAUGAAAGUAGGGAGUUUAAUAUAUGGUCAGAUUACCUUGUAAUGCUGCAAUAAAAGCAACAAAUGUUACUUGGAUACAA